UGCUUUGUUUUGUAAGGUCAACAUUGAGGAGCCAAUGAGGAGGCGGCCAUGGAGAACCAGACGGUGGACAACAGCAGCUUCUUCAACAGCAGCGUGAGAGUGACCUUCCCUGGUACCGCGCUCCUCCAGCAGUACAAGUGCCUCUUCAUCCUGCUAUACUGCGCCCUGGUGGCCGUGGCGUGCGUUGGCAACGCCUUCCUGAUCGGCAGCAUCAUGGUGGACCGUAAACUCCACACCGUCACCAACUUCUUCAUCGGGAACCUGGCGUCGGCGGACCUCCUGAUGUGCCUGGCCUGCGUGCCGCCCACGCUGUCGUACGCCUUUGAGCCACGCGGUUGGCUCUUUGGCCGCUUCCUGUGCCACCUGGUCUCCCUGCUGCAGUCCGCCCUGGUCUACGUCUCGGUGUUGUCCCUGACGGCCAUCGCGGUGGACCGCUACGUGGUGGUGGCGCACCCCGUGCGGCAGAGGGCGGGCCGCGGCCGCUGCGGCCUGGUGGUGGCGUCCAUCUGGGCCCUGGCCCUGGCCCUGGCCAGCCCGGCCUCCGCCCGGGUGGCCUACGUGGAGCUGGAGGCCGCCGGUCACGACGUGAACGUGUGCGAGGAGUUCUGGCGUGGCCGGGAGACCGAGCGCGCGGCCUACUCCUGCGUGGUGAUGCUGGCCUCCUACAUGGUGCCACUGUCCGCGGUCAGCGUCUCCUACUGUGCCAUCAGUGCCCACCUGCGCAGGCGCCACCUGCCCGGGGUGGUGGAGCAGAACCGCCUGCGGUGGAACGAGAAGAAGAGGAAGACGUUCUCCCUGCUGGUGGUCUCCGUGGUAACCUUCGCCAUGUGCUGGAUGCCCCUCCAGAUCCUCAACCUCCUGCAGGACCUGGACGUUGACUUCGCCAUCUUGGACACCCGCUACCUCAACGUGGCGCAGGUCUCCUGCCAUUGGCUGGCCAUGAGCUCCGCCUGCUACAACCCCUUCAUCUACGCCUCACUGCACCGUAAGCUCCGCCUGCGGCUGGGGGCCUACCUUCGGCGCUGGAGGCAACCAGGGGGUUUCUUGGCUGGACGCCUCUCGCCCUUCCACACCAGCAUCAGCCUGGUGUCCGAGCUCCCCAAGGCCGGAGCCCCAGCUGGCAGUGGCAACACCUCUGACCCGGUCUGAGCGCCGGCAGCCAUUAUCGCCAGCUCGCCUGCCCAUUCUCACCCCCAAAAUGGUACCAUUGGCUUCCCCCGCACCGCAAUGCAAUCCCCCUUCUUUCUUUAUGUGAAGUCUCCAUGAAAUACGAUGACCAGCAUGGAAAGGAUGGGCCAAAGGAUCUUUUUGCGCAAUGUGGGAAAUCUUCAUGUGAAUCUAGACUAUGGAAUAUGGGACUGGAGCCUUUGAUGAAUAGAAUGGAUGGGAUGGGCCCAAUGUCCUCUUGGCGCCCUGUGGAAAAACUCUAGAGUCUGGACCGUUGGAACAUGGUGGGCGUGAGGAAAUGGAUAUGACGGAACCAAAAACUGUAACGUCCCAGCAGAGAGGGAUUCAAAUUUUUAAAAAUUGUCAAAAAUGUUUUCCUGGAAUAUAACGUCAAAUUAAUUUUCUUCCAUUGUUCUGUUAUGAGAGGUGAAUGGAGGGUCAGCGUUUUGUUGUCCCUAGUUGCCUCCUUGAGAAGGUGGGGGUGAGUUGCCUUCUUGAA